AUGAAUGUUUCAGACACUAAAUAUGAAGUUAUCAAAUUUGUUGCAAAAAAAAUAAUGUAAUGGAAACUUAAUUAUGAUUCAGAAAGUUCUGACUGGGAUGUAUUUUGGACUGACAAUGCAGUUUAACCAGACUAAUUAUAAAAAAUGAAACCUUAUUAGAAGAUAUCUCAUUUUCCUGGAAUGUAUUCAUUAGCCCGUAAGAAUUAUUUGGCUAAAAACCUUUUAAAAAUGAGGAAAUUUUUUUAAUAAUAUAAUUUUUUCCCUGAUACAUGGUUGUUACCAACUGAAUAUAAUGAAUUUAGGAAAUUUAUAGAAUAGAAAGGAAAGAAUAUGAGUUUUAUAGUUAAACCAGAAGCAUUAUGUUAGGGAAAAGGCAUUUUUUUAAUAAAAAAUAUAGAAGAAAUAAACCCUUAAGAUCAUUAUGUAGUAUAAAGAUAUUUAAAUAAACCUUUUUUAAUAAAUAAUCUAAAAUUUGAUUUUAGAUUUUAUGUUCUUUUGGCUGGAUGUGAACCUUUAAGAAUAUACAUAUUUUAUGAAGGACUAGCAAGAUUUGCAACAGAGGAAUAUAAAUAACCUUCUAAAGAUAAUAUGGAUAAUAUGUGCAUGCAUUUAACAAAUUAUGCUAUAAAUAAAGAUAAUCCUAAAUUUUAAUUUAAUUCAGAUAUGGCAGAUAUGAAUUUUGGACAUAAAAAAUCAUCAACUAGUGUUUUAGAUUAUUUAGAAUAAUAAGGACAUGAUGUCAAUUUACUAUGGAAAAACAUUAAAAGAAUUAUAAUAAAAACUAUAAUUAGCUCUUAACCUACACUUUCUCAUAAUUAUAGAUGUUGUUAACCUAAUAAUUUUAUGAAUAAUAUGUGCUUUGAAAUUCUUGGUUUUGAUAUUAUGGUUGAUGAGAAUUUAAAGCCUUGGUUAUUAGAAGUUAACCAUACACCAAGUUUUACUACUGAUACUCCCUUAGAUAGUUUUAUUAAAAAAAAUGUAAUAAGAGAUGCUUUGAAGUUAAUGAAUAUUAAUAUAUAUACUAAAAAUCAAAUUAUUAAUGAAAGAAAUGAAUGUAUGUAAAAAAGAGUACUUACAGGUAAGAAAUUGAAAUAUAGUAAUGAAGAAAAAUUAGAAGAAAUAAAAAAAGCUUAAAAAUUAAGGGAUGAAUAUGAAGACGCAAAUUUAGGGGGGUAUGAAAAAAUAUAUCCUAUUGAUGUUAAUAAUAAAUAAUAUAUAUAUAUAUAUAUACAUAUAUAUUAUUAUUUUAUUAUUAAUAUAUAUUUAUAUAUAUAUAUAUAUAUAUAUAUAUAUAUAAAUAUAUAUAUUAUUUAUUAGGAUGAUGAAGGUGAUUAAUUUAAAAAUUAUCUUUAAAUUACACUAUAAAUUUAUGACUAGGCUACUGGUGCAAGUAACUAUUUUUUUAAAUAAAUAUAUUAAUAUUUAUAUAUAGAUAUUAAAAGAAAUUCUAAAAAAACUAUUGAAGAACCGAAAAAAAUUAUAUAAAAUAAGAAAGUUAAUAAUGCUUUAAAUAAAAAUUUUAUAAAAAAUAAUAAAUAAUAAUUCAAAAAUAAGAAUUAUAUAAAUUUAACUGUUUAAGAAGUAAAUUAAUAAAAAAAUAUAAAAAAACAUAAAAAAAUAGGAAUACAAAUUAUAAGGAGAAGAUAAUCAGUGUUCAGAAUUCUAAUAACUUUAAAAUGUGAAAAUAAAUGA